UAACAGAUUGGCGCGAUAAAAUAAAAAACAAACAAAAAAUGAACAUAAUUUGUCGAAAUUCCGUAAUAAAUAAGCUCCAAAGUUACUACGAACCUGAUCAGCAAGAAUAUGAAGUUCAAUAUCCGCCCGUUUUAUUUGUCUAUGGCAACCAAUCUACCGGAAAAACCUUAGUUAUCAAAAAAUUCUUUGGAAAUUCUCGCAUCCCGCAUACUUUCAUCAACUGUCAGGAGUACAACACAUCCCGAGGACUGUUGGAAGCCAUCAUCAAUCGUUCAGAAUUCCUCCAUUCGCCCCAAAAUGACGAGGAUUACAUCAAAAUCGAUUCAAAUUACGCCUUUAUGGAUCACUUGAUGAACGUCGAUGCUCGGAAAUCGUUUGUGAUUGUUCUCGAUAACGCGGAUAACUUGAGAAAUAUCGAUGUGAACUUGAUGCGAAUGUUUUUCAACUUGCAACAAUUGACGAGUUUGAAUAUUUCGCUCGUUCUCAUCUCACAACUCCCCUUUGAAAAGUUUCAUUCAAAGAGCGGCGAUAUUCGCCCGAACAUCAUUCACUUCCCGAGUUACACGAAAGAGGAAAUUGUUCAAAUUCUCACGGCAGACUUCAAGUUGGCGACUAAAGUCGAUGCCCGUGCAACCGAGGACUACAUUCAGAUAAUUUUGAACGUUUUCUUCAAGGCAUGCAAAGAUUUAACAGAACUAAAGUUCGUUUGUCGCAAAUUUUGGACUCCAUAUUGGCAACCAGUGCUCGACGGAACAAUCGCGGAACACGAAACCCAAAAAUUGUGGAAAAAUAUCAGCAAAAUAUUGAGAACGGGACUCGCUGGAUUGUAUCAACGCACAAUCGACGAUCCAAAUAAGACUGAAACGCGAAUUAAAGUUGUCGAUUUGCCGUAUUACACAAAGGGGCUUCUCGUUGCAGCUUUUCUCGCCAGUUAUAAUCCUCUGAAGAACGAUAAGAGACUUUUUGUGAAGCAUCAUGGCAAACAAACAAAAAGACUUCAAACUGUGAACAAAAAUGCCGUGAAUUUCGACAAAGCAACUCUCACAUUGGGCCCGAAAACGUUCACUGUCGAUCGAUUACUUGCCAUUUUUUGCGCGAUUUUGGAUGAAAAAGUCGGAAUUACGACAAAUUUAAUAAGUCAGAUCUCGACUUUGGUUAAUUUGAAGUAUUUAUCGUACAUAAGCGGCGAAAAUAACGUUAUUGAUGGAGCAGGACGCUUGCAAUGUAACAUUACACAGGAGAAGGCGUCGCAAUUGAGCAGUAAUAUCGGGAUUGACUUUAAAAAGUACAUUUCUGCAUUCUAAUUUUUAUCCGUUUUUUGUUUAAUUUAUUACUAAAAUCACUUUUUUAUGUUA